UAGGUGAGCAAUUUUCACGUGCUAUUCUGGUGUCAAUAAAUGGCUCCAGAUUAGUCUAGGAGGGGAGUAGUGUUCCAUAAUUUGCUUUAAAAAAUUCUAAUUACCAGAAUGAACAAAUGAUGGAACAAUUUUCUCUUUACACUUGCUAUUAAUUAAAAGAAUCCCAAAUUGUCCAUAACAUGCGGCAAUAACCGUGCACCGUUUACCCCCGAAAGCAGGAGAAGGCCUGCCCAAUGGGCACCGGUCAGCGCAGACCAUCUCGCUCUCCUCGCAGUCAAAGAAGUCGUAGCGCGGACGUAGAUUGUUUGAAGAAAUACACAGAAAGGCGGGUAGAGGAGAGAAGACACACUGAAGUAGCGGACACCAGUAAACUAGACCCUUCGAGGUGGAUACCGUUACCAAAAACGAUAACUCGAGUCCAGCCAGCGUUAAAGAAAUCCCCUCAAUCAUCAUCGAAAGACGAAGAGAAACGACGUUCAGUGUCGUGUGAACCAGAUGAGAAUAUGUUAGAAACGCCAAACGUAGUGGUGAUAAAGAAAUUGUCUCCAACGAAAGAGGAAGAAACAACGACGAAAGAAGCCGAAGAGAAAAACAAUGGUACAACCUCUUCGUCUACCAUCAGAUCGACGGCCGGAAGGAGCCAUAGCACCGACGUUGGCCGCGUUAAGAACGAAAAGCUGAUCGAGGAACGAAGGCAUACGGAGUGCAGCGACCCACGAAUGAUCGCGACGAGGUGGCUACCGCAAAUUAACACCUCAAGGUUCCGCUACGACGCGUCACCGUUCGCAAGGAUCAGCAACAGCUGCGAAAUCACGAAAAACGCCGCGACCAGAUGGAUGAUGUUCGUCAAGAAUCCUUCCCCGUCUCCUAUACCGCGAAUGAACCCGGAAAGAAAACCGUCCGAGACUGAUACGCCUUCUGCGAACGAUUCGCCGGGUAAAUCCGCGAAAAACGAAUCGCCCAAAUGGGAACCGAUCAGAAAAUUCGCACCGGCGUCCAUGAGCAAGGAACCUGUACAGAGCCAAGAUGAGGCUGGAUCAACCCGAGAUUCACCAUCAAGGAAGCAGUCGCCCGACGCUAAUGAGCAAUCUAAAAGACUUACUCAGCGUAUGAGAGAUUUAUAUGAUUUUAAAACGGAAAAUGAAUGGCCAAAAAGGGCGACCAGUGCUCGACGUGGUAAUAUGUGGAUCAGUAAAAGCAGCAGCGAAGAAGAGAAAAGUAAUCUAGCGAUUCGGAGGAACAGUCAAGACUUGGAAUUUAAUAACCGAAUGAAUGUAAUUAAGCUGAAGGACACAAAGGUGCAAUCAGAUCAUCAAGAAACCAAACGACCCCCGCUAAAGGAUCCUCCUACCGGGACCUUCAAUAGUGAAUAUGAGGAGCGUCUCAGAAGAUUCAACGAGAGACUAAGAUUCAGCGAGGACCUAGGUGUAUCAAAGCCAAAAAUAAAAGAAAGACGAACAUAUUCCGAUGACUACGAAGAAAAGACUCGUCGAGCAUCAACAAGAUCAGCGAAAAGCGAUAAUACCUCUCGUUUGAAACAAAAAUCAGAAGAGUCACAGGAAAGUCGUUACCAGGUUGAAAAGAAGAGAUGUUCCGAUGCUAGUACCAAGUCCAGAGGUAGCUAUGCUGAGGUGAAUCCCAUUAAAAGAGAUUCUCGUACCAGCGACGUCAGUUAUGCCAGUAUCAGUAAUUAUAACGCGAAACGGGCAAGCGUUGAUUGCAAGAGCACCAGGAAAAUGGUCGAACUUCCACCUCGAAGAGCUUUCAGUCAAACCGAAGAAAGACCAGCCACUCCAACUCCUCCUGUCGAAUGGAACAAUGAUCGCUAUGCGGCUGCUCGUCUGAAAGAAAUCUCUGAACGCCAGAAGAGGAACAGUACGAGAUACAAAGUGUACCUUACCUAAACGAUCGAAGUUUUCCGAAAUUUGUUAAGAAACAAAAACGACGAUCAGAGAUUCAUGCGUUUGCUAAAUUCCUGUUUAUUUUCUUCAUUUCUGAGUCAGACUUUGUUGUUAGUAAAUUGUUGUAACACGUAGUCGUCGACUUCUCUUCGCCAUGUUCGGUGUACGAAUUUUGUCAAUCUGUGUAUCGUUAAUGAUGGAAUUUUAUAUGUAUUGGAAAUUUUCUUGUGAUAUUGUUGGAUUAUACAUGUUGGUGUCUUCUAAGAAAUUCAUUGGUGAUUCUUCGGUUAUUGUUUUCUGGUAUCGUUGUAUCGAUAUGUAUGACUGAGAUUCAACAUAAAUACAAUUUAACUAAUAAAAUAUUCUUUGAGAAAGAUUA